UCUUUUUUCUACACAUUGUUAACACACAACACAACAACGCAUAAUCUUUUUUCAGAAGCAAUUUUGUUGUUUCGUCCAGUUAUGGUUUCAAAGUAACGGCGUAUUUACCGGAUAUUCCUCUACGUUCACCAUUUUGUACGGCAUCGUUUCUUUCAGCUGAAUUUCUGAUUUUCUGGAGAGAAUUUGUCACAACAAAGUCUUUUUUUUCGAGUUUCACGGCCUGCUCGUUUAUUUCGCUUUCGCAAAGCAGGGUAAAGCAAUUAUGACUGCAACGGCACAGCGGGUCAGGGAAAAGCAAAAGACUGGCGAGUGGUCGUCUAUCUUCCCAACGGAGCAGCUUUCUGAGACACAGUCUGCGUUGUUUGUCAAGAAGCUUUUAGCUGUUGCAGUAUCUAAUGUCAUGUACUUGAGAACCAUCUUUCCUGAGCAUGCUUUUGGGGACAGAUGCUUAGAAGACUUGCAUCUUAAGAUUCUUAAAGAUGACAGUGCUUGCCCAGGUGCCUGUCAGGUGAUCAAGUGGGUCAAAGGAUGCUUUGAUGCGCUGGACAAAAAAUAUCUUCGAACCUUGACGAUUGGGAUUUAUGUGGAUCCAAAUGAGCCUGAUAAAAUCAUUGAGUCUUACACAUUUAAAUUUUCCUAUGAGGGCUGUGGAAUCACCAUAUACAGAAAUGACAAGAAGCUUGCCUCAGCAACUACUGAAGCGGAGACUAAGAAGGCAACCACUCGUCUUCUCCGUACCAUUGUGGUCCUGACACAGAGUCUGAAAUCACUGCCUGAUGAUGUCAUUCUAACCAUGAAGCUACUGUAUUACGAUGAUGUGACUCCAGCUGAUUAUGAACCUCCUGGUUUCCAAGCGUCAGAGUCUGAUGCUUUUUAUUUUGAAGAGGAGCCCAUGAAUGUCAAGAUUGGAGAUGUGUCAACUUCAUUCCACACUGUCAAGCUCCGCAUCAAGACUGAUCGCAAACAGUUUGAACUGAAAGACAAUGAAAAAGACGAAGAAGAUGACAUUGCUAUGGAAACUGACAAGCAGGAUGUGGUCAGUAACAAUGCAUUGGAUGAGGAGGGUGACGAGGAAGACUGUAAUAAGUCAGAGCAAAAUGCCCUACAGACCACUAAAGAAAAUCCACCUGUCCAAGAAAAAGAUGCAAGUUCUGGGAGAAGACAGCAGCAAGGGGAGUCGGAGGAUUGCAGUGAUGUUCCAAUGAACAGUCCACAUCGUCCUGCAAAAGAGGAUGGGGCGUCGACCCCUGCUUCAUCCAUCAACAUGCCACUCAUGAAUGAAGAGAUAGAGGAAAAUACUGUAAGAUGCCCUUGUGAAUGUAAUGAGGAUGAUGGCUUAAUGAUUUGCUGUGAGGAGUGCAGGAUGUGGCAACAUGCUGUGUGCUUUGCUAUCAUAUCUGAGGACAAUGCCCCAAAGAAGCACAUUUGUGACCAGUGCAGCAAGAUUGUACCUCACUCAGUCAAGGCCACAGACCCCUACCUGAUGACCCUAACGCCUGUCAUGCUGCAAGCAACCUGUCUCUGGCGCCGCACUUUGCUCGCUGCACUAGAGGUAACCCGCAUACAGAUCCCAGUGUUUUCCCGUCGUCUUGGGGUUGAGAUAACCGUUGCUCAUGGACUCAUCAAUCGUCUUGAGAAGGAAGGAUAUUGCCAUAGUGCUAACAAAGGGAAGAGACUUGGCAAAGUUGUGAAUAGGGAGAAACUUCAGUCCGAAGGUCUCAAGAAAUACUUUGAGAAGAAGACCAAAGGAGAAGAAACUUCAUCCAAGAAAGCCGAGCAACGAAAACUCAAUCAGAGCGCCUUGAGAGAGGAAAAGUCAGACAAGCAAAAGCUAAAACCGUCUCAGAUUGACAAGCUAGCCGAGCAGACUGCUGAUUUGAACGUCUCUGGACGCAAGCUCCGAUCAAAGCAACCUCCUUCCAAGGAAUCCUCUUCUUCGUCUCUGAAACCAUCUAAGCCGAGUGAACCAAUCAAAGAAGGAAAGAAAACACAGAAGAGAGCAGUGUCUAUAAACGAUGAUAGUUAUGAGUUUGAGUUAGCAAGCAGCCAAGACCCAGAGUAUCAUCAGCAAGCUGUGCGUAGCAGCAAAAGACACAAGUCUAGCAUCGUUACAAGAACUGUGUUGGUUUGAGUGCAGCAGGUAAACAAACAACAAGGGUUAUUUUGAUUUUAUUUUUAUUUUAUUAAACUUAACACUGGCAUAAAAAUA